CCACAGUCCACACUCGUACGAAAACACAAUAGUCAUUACGCACAAAAGUAAAAAUUUUCAGUGUAAUGACAAAACAAUAAAAAUGUUUUGGUAUCCAUGGUCUGAAAACAUCAAGAAACGAGCUUGCAGAUAUCUUCUGCAACGAUAUCUCGGAAACUUUCUAGAGGAAAAGCUUACAUUAGAUCAGCUGAGCGUUGAUCUAUACAAUGGAACAGGAACGGUUUCUGAAGUCAGCCUUGACUGCGAGGCACUUAAUGAACUCGGAGAUGCACAAAACUGGCCCUUGGAAAUAGUCAAUGGGCAGAUGAGGGAAAUAACAGUGACUGUGCCAUGGUCCACAUUAUUAAAGGAUGAUUCAAUUGUUGAAAUUGAUGGCCUGUGUGUUACAGUACAGCCUAAAGUGCGAGCAGAACCAGUGUCUUCCAUGUUGGAGUCAAUGUGGUCAUCUAUGUCUUCAUCAAUGCAACUUGCAGCAGAAUGCCUCAGGGAGGAGGCUGAUCCACAGGAAUCCAGUCCUGUAGAAGGCAUUGAGAUGUUUGCACAUGCUAUUGACUCUAUCUUAAGCCGAGUUAAAGUAAAAUUUAUAAAUACAAAGAUAAGAAUAGAACAUGUACCCAAAAAUAGUGAUAGAGGCAUAGCAUUGGAAAUACACAUAAAAAACACUGCUUAUUUUGACGAAGCUGGGUCAGAACCCCAACCAGAGACAACAGAAACAGAAAAAUCGAAGACCUAUGUGGUAUCAACAUACACAAACAAGAAAAUAAAAUUUUCCGGUGUCACCUUUUAUAUGGACGAGUUUCCAUCCAAAUUACGCACUAUGGCCCCGAGCUUGAUAAUGGAAAAAUCAGCUUCAUCACAAGCAAGGUCAGAUGCUACUUCUGUAGAAACACCAGAUGCCAACUGUCAAAGUACUAUGUCAGAUGUGUUUUAUGAAGCGAGAAGUGUAGCAUCUACAAUAGAUUCGGAUCUAAUAAAAGAUAUAAUUGAAGAGAGAGCGAGUGAAGCAACUAGAGAGACAACUCCAGAGGAUCGGUGCAUUCAACCAGAACCUGUACUUUUUGCUAAGCUGACGGGACACCAUGAAUUAAGCUUUAAACUGAAGAAUUCAGAGGAAGUGGAUGGACCAAAGGUUGAAGUUCAGGUGUUGCUGGGAUCACUAUUAGUAUUCAUAACACCGAGACAGUUGCACACCAUGUUUGAGCUUGUUGAUGCAUUAAAUCAGCCUCACCUGGAAGAUACCAGCAAUAUACCACUUCGCCCAAAUGCUGUAAAUGUUCAGUGUAAACCUAUGAAGCCGGCAGAUUUUCAACUCAUUGAGGCCCAACUCCUUGGAAAUUUGGAGAACCAUACCAAGUCUAAUCAAAUGAGGGGCUGGUCAGGACCUGGUAUAGAAGACAGUGACAGUGAGAAGUUCCACCCGAUGACGUCAGAGAACCAGUUAAGCGAGAGUUUCAGUUCAUCGGUCAGCUCCAUGAGCACCAGUAUGUCAUCCAGCAUCAACUUACCGACGGCUCAGCCGCGGAUUAAGAGGAACAGGAAAGUGCCUCAUAUAGAUGGAGAUCCAACUGCAGAGGUCUCUCACGUCAGCUUCAGGAUCAUGUCUGUGUCGUGUGUUCUUCUACAUAAGGAUAUAAUAGUACCAACACCCAUGAGUAUUACGUGCAUAUCUCCCACGUCAGCCAUCAAACUGCAUCAAAUAUCCAGCGAGUUCUUCGCGAGAAUUGAAACGUUCGGAAAGAUCGAGGAGAGACGAGAUUUGAUGUCCAUCAAUGACGCCUUAGACAAAGCAACGGACUUGAAUCAUCUAAGAGUGCUAGCUUCGGAGAUAAGUUUGGACGGGAGCGAGAAGGUGACGUCACACGGCAGUCAGACGCUCUGCGAGGCGGGCGUACGAGCCGCGCUCGUCAGAGAGUGUCUGUACACGCACACCGGCGAAGACCUGCCCGUAUUGCGUUCAUACGACAUCGUGCGCUUUGAUACAGAGGAUGACGAACCAGGCAUAGCGUCGAUGAAAUCGAACUUGAGGAUCAACUUUAAACAGACGGCCAAGUACAUGAGAGUCGGUGGGGAAAAGAAAUUAGUGUACCCGACGACUGAUGUUGUUGUAAAAUGCACACCAUUCCACGUGGACGUAGACCUUACGCUGAUAGAGCGCAUGUCGGCAACGUUCUUCAACGGCAACAGCAAGACGAGUCCGCAGAACCAGUCGCCAUCGCAGCCGCAGAACCAUUGCAGUUUCACACUACAUUGUCCUAAUAUGAACGUUGUGUUGAGAUUUCCGAUUGCUGAUCUUCGAGUGGGCGUGAACCAUGAGUUGCGUCGCGUACGCAGUGACUAUCUCGUGUUCAAGUUGACGAACGUAACGGCUGGCUGCGUGCAGGCGCCGAGUGUGCGACCGUUACCCACCACCGUCACUCUCAAGGCUACCUUCCUGGACUUGUACUAUCAUGAGAAUGAGAAUUCGCCAGCCAUUCACGUGGCGCAGUCAACAAUGGACGAUACGACAUUUGAAACAGAUAUGCUCAAAGGAAACGUUAUCACACCACUGCCAGUGAUAUCAUUAACAUUCAAAGCCCGCGACUCAAACAAGGGCCCGUUCGACUCUCUCGCUGACGAGAUGAUGUUCAAUCCGAAGUCCAACAACCCUAUGACCACCUCUAUGUACAUCAUGAACAACCUAAAGAGUUCUCAACCCAGCCCCUUCAGCGGGAAGAAAAUGGCGCACCAGAGUACAAGUAAACAUGAAAAUAAGUCACAAGGACAAGAAGAAGAAUUGAUAGUGCCGGGCACAGAUGAAGAAAUGAAAGAGUUCACGAACAGCUCGGUGGAACAUUCACUGAUACAUCUUGAUUUCAAUCUGCCGAUAUUGAGCUUACAGCUUGAAUCUAAGCAGCUGUACGAAAUAUUAUACAACCGCAUAAACUCGGACCUGUUGCUAUGGGAGCCGCAAAUUGUGGAGCCCUUCGAUAUAACUCCCCACAUCUGCGGCCCCAUAUACCCUGCGUUUGGUGCUUGGAAGGGAUUUGAUUCUGAUACAGAGAGUACAUCGUCUGAAGAAGAGAACCUAUACUACUCUACUUACGACCACAAAGCAAGAAAGAAUACCGCAAGCAAGGCACAAGUGGAGCAGCAACAGAGUGACGCACAUAACUUCUGUCUCACUCUGAACAUUGGAAAGGGGUUACUUACUAUCUAUGCGCCUGUUAGGGACAGUAAUAAGCAAGUUGUGCCGGGCCAGAUGGGGGAGCUCGUGCUAGAAGCCCACAAGGUGACCAUGUGUCAAGUGAGCGGACUGAACGCUGUGCCCAAGAGUGCGCAAAUGGCGCUCCGAGCAGCUCGCACCACACUAUAUCACCAACCUCUCAUUACAAUACCAGCAGAGAAGCCUCCGCUACGACAGUACGGCACAACGCUACCGGUACAUCUGAAGAAAACAAUAUAUCCCUCGAAUAAGGGCGUGUUCAUUAAGGAACACUUGGAGCCUAAAGAUAUGUUCAUAAUGGCGUUGAAGACAGAGCCUAACAGCGAUACGCCUAAUUUUAAGACAAUAUGCAUAGCGCUGGGCAUAGAGCAAGCAACACUACGCCACAGAGGCGACACAGGUAUCGCGUGGUUGACUCAACUGAUGGACGUAUUGGAUGUGCUCGACUACCCUGUGCCAGGGUACACGCCGUCUGUAGUGCUUUCUGAGUUACACGUCCACGUAUGGGACUGUGCUGUCGACUACAGACCGCUGUAUCUUCCGAUAUGGUCAGUGGUGACGCUGGGUAACUUCAGUGUAUCCAGCAACCUGAUACCGGAGACCAACACCUCUUACCUGCGGUUUCUCGCGCAAGAGUGCACGCUGCUGUUACGGCACGUGCACGCAAAGAAUGCGGGUGCGCCCGCCGAGGACAAACAACCAGACAUACACCGCGAUUACGUGUGCGUACUUGAUCUCGGCCUGUUCGAGCUGUCGCUUCGGAUGACGGAUAAAAAUAAUGGCUCUGACCAACCUCAAGUAGACCUGUCAGCAUCAAAUAACAUGAUCAAUGUGUAUACAUGCUGGGACUCUGCUUCGGCGCUGUGUAGACUGGUCACCUACAUAGCGUGCGACGGAGACUCACACCAGCCCUACGACAGGUCGAGACACACCAGCAUCUGUUCCGAUCAGCCCAUAGAGCAACUAGUAGGUUUAGAUGAAAGGCAAAUGGAAGAAAUCAGAGAGCUAUCUCCCAGUGAAAUUCAGCAAGUCAACGAUUUAAUGGCUGAGGCACUCAAGGAAAGUCCCAAUAAUACAAAUGAAGAAGACGAACUACAAAGUUCAACCGAAAAAGAAGGCGUCGAAGUAUUUUUCUUUCCCGACGAAUCCAACUCAAAGAAGUCAAUAUCAGAGAUUAUAGAUGCGGAAUUAGAACCGCAGAGUAUAGACGAGGAAUAUAAAAGCAUAGACAAUAUAGAGCUAGCGCAGGAGGCAAAGCCUAAUGCUCAUGUUGCUAAAGAUCUAGGUGAUCUCACAUCUACACCCAAAGCGUCGCCGAGGAAAGGCAAACGGAAAAAUGUUAAAUCCAGCAGCGAGGGUAACAAUACCGACGACGAAUACUGCAUAGUAGACACACAACCUGGCGGCGAGGAUAAUGAAAUGGAUGAGCCCGUCGUGAACUGGAUUGGCCCAGGGCCUUGCUACAUGCUGGACAAUCACUUCAGCAUGCCGCCCGCACGCUCCGAUGUGCUCAAAGCGCCCAGAAACUUCCCACAGCCAGUCCUCAGAUACACGUUAUGCGAGAUGAGUCUUACAUGGAAUAUGUACGGUGGUAAUGACUUCCGCGCCACUAGCGACACUCCAAAGAAAACUGUCACCAUCGAUGGAGACGGCAGAAAACAAAACUCGCCUACCACCGCCAAACGGACAAGCUCUAAGGAUUACGAGCCGUACGAGAAGAGUCGCGCGCUCGCGACGGCGUACACGCAGGGCGUGCGGUGGCGCACGGGCAGCGAGCGAGUGCGUGCGGCACCGCAACCCGCGCACAAAGACAUCCGCACACGCGGGGGAAGGCACCGAGACCAUCGCACGCGGGUCACUGCCUGUCUCACCAAGGUGAAGUUCCAGUACGAAGUGUAUCCAAAUGGAGGCACUCACGCGUCGCGACAAACUCUAGCAAUUGCUAAAAUAGAAGUGUUGGACAGAUUACUGUGCAGUGACAUCAACAAGCUGCUGAGCCAGUUCAAGCUCAAAGACGAGCCGGAGAGGAAGAACGCGCAUAUGUUGGUAGUAAAAGCUGUUCAUCUGAGAACGGAGUCUGCGUUGCCGUCGCAAGAGUGCUGCCUCAAAGUGUCACUCCUGCCGCUGAGGUUCAACCUGGACCAGGACACGUUGGCAUUCCUCAUCGGCUUUUUCUCCAAACUUGGCACAGAUGAAACCGUUGCAGAUGAUGACACAAAAAGUGUGGGAGGCUUGUCAACAGAGUCUAGUGGGUCUCGACAGACCACGCCCACUCAUCGACCUCCUGUAAUGAGCAUCGCCACGCAUCUGAAGGACCCUCCACCAACACCUACCUCCUUGGGAGACGGAGACUGUCUAUCACUCAAUGACACUAAUGUGAUGCGCGAUGAUACCGAAGAGCCGUUGAUGGAGACCUACGAAGCCGAACGCCUGGUAUCCGAGAACCUUAUCCAGCUCGAGGAAGACUUCCAGAGGCUCGCGAUCAACCAGGAGAAGCCGCAACACAAACCCCUUGACAGCGAGCCUGUUGACGAUUCACCCAUAUACUUUCGGCGCGUCGUGUUCUCGCCGGAGGUGCCCAUUAGAUUGGAUUACGUGGGGAAACGGGUAGAUCUCUCCGCUGGGCCGGUGGCGGGUCUACUCAUGGGUUUGGGACAACUCAACUGUUCCGAACUGACGCUCAAGCGACUUGACUACAAACUGGGUCUGCUGGGCUUGGAGAAACUAGUACAGUGGGCGCUUCAUGAGUGGCUGUCCGAUAUUAAGCGCCACCAACUGCCCGGGUUGCUGAGCGGGAUAGGACCGAUGCAUUCCUUGCUUCAGAUCAUAACGGGCAUCAGGGAUCUGGUGUGGCUGCCAGUAGAACAGUGGCGGAGGGACGGUCGGUUGGUGCACGGUCUGCGGCGUGGUGCUGCAUCUUUCACCGCUCGCACCGCUGUCGCCGCACUAGAUAUCACUGCCAGGAUCCUACACCUCAUACAGGCGACAGCUGAAACAGCUCUAGACAUGUUGACACCAACUCCCGCCCUGACAUCGCGUGAGGGCUACGAGAGGCGUGAGCGUCGCAGACGCAGACGUCGGGACUCUUCCAGACAACCCGCCGACAUACGGGAGGGAGUCGCCAGUGCUUACAAUACCGUUAGAGAGGGCAUAGCGGAGCAGGCGACGUCGCUGGGAGUGGCCGCGCGGCGCGGACGAGGAACUGGCGUGUUGCGGCAGAUACCUGGCGCUGCCGUCGCCCCGCUGGCACUGGCCGCCGCCGGCGCCGCGCAGAUACUGGGCGGGGUGCGCGCCGCGCUGGCGCCCCACUCGCGCCGGGACCACUGCGACAAGUGGCGCCCGCCGCCAGAUUCUACCGACUGAUAGUUCUCCACGUAUAAUAGAAAACAGGCCAACGCAAAGAUUGAAAAGGAAUACUUAAACCAUUCCGGAGAACAAUUUUAAAUUCGUCAAUUUUGACCGAAACAAAAUAAUAUAUCGAACUAAUUUUGAUUUUGAAUUAAUUAUAAUUAUUUGAUACCUGCUAAUAUAUUGCUCACUACUUAUCUCAAAUAGGGGACUCAAUUUUACUAUGAUUAAUAUUAAUUAUUUUUAUAAGAAUUGUAAAUAAAAGUGGUGCUUGAUUAUAACUCAUAGCAUUUAUAGCAUUUAGGGGAGUUACAUAUUAUUUUAUUUAAACAAAUCGCUAGAUGCCAUGUAAUGUUAAUUUUCAUUUGGUUAAAUCUAUAUGUGUAUAAAAUGUUUUGGUUUUGAGGUGAAACCUUUUUAAGGCGAGCUCUACACUUUAUUCUGUUGUUAUUGAGACUGAGUCGUCACGCUCAAUCGUGUAUCGCUCGUUGUAAAGUCGGCUUGAGUCGAUUAAGGGAGGCUCGCUUGGUGAGUUGUGUUUCCUAUUAUAAAAUUGGCAUUCAUCUGGCGAUAUUAAAUAUUAUGUUGUGAUAUUGUUUAUAGAAAUUUAUUUUAAACUAGUUACAAUUAUUGUUUCUGAACUAUAAUAAAGUACGUAAGAUAGAA